AUGUUACUUAAUUCUUGGCGUAUUUCUAAAAAAUAUGGUUUCUCGAAAAAUCUCCUAUAUAGUAAAAGUUAUGCAAUGUCAGUUGAUAUAAAAGCUGUCCUGGCUUCAAAACAUUUCGGAUUUUUGGGAUCUGGUAAUAUGUCUCAAGCUCUGGUAAAGGGUUUUUUAGCUUCAAAUAUAAUCAAGGGUUCCCAAGUAACAAUGACUGAUCGGUAUGGUUUAUCAUUUCCAGAUGCAGAGUUUCUUAUAUCCUUGAAAGCCCUAUGUUCUAAAUAUGGAGUGGAAUAUAUACAAACAAAUAUACCAAUGGCUGAGAAAAGUGAUAUUGUGUUCGCCUGCGUCAAGCCGCAUAUACUACUAUCAGCCUUAAAAAGUUUGUCGGAUCAAUUAAGUGAUAAACUUUUGGUUUCCAUUGCCGCAGGUAUUACACUAGAUCAAAUACAACAGGUUGUGCCAGAAUCUACUCGAAUUAUUCGUAUUAUGCCUAACACACCAUGUCUAGUCGGUGUUGGUACUGCAGUAUAUGCACAUACAUCUUCUGUUACAGAGCAAGAUAUUGAGUUGAUUUCUACUUUGUGUUCAUCAAUCUUUCCUGUAUUUGAAGCUAUUCCCGAAUCGUUGUUUAAUGCAGCUAUUGGAGUGUCCGGAUCAUCUCCCGCUUAUAAUUCGAUUCAACGAAACGCUUAUAAUGCAUUACUACAAAGUAAUCCUAAUUAA